UCCGCUUCCGGCACGUUGCUCUCCGUGUGGGACUGACAGGAGGAUGGACGGGCUGGCGGCUCAGUGCUCGGCGCGACUUUUGCAGCAGGAGAAGGAGAUCAAGUCUCUGACUGCUGAGAUCGAAGCGUUGAAAAACGGAGGCUGUUUAGAAGCUCCUCCACAUCUGGAGCAGUUGCGAGAAGAGAAUUUAAAAUUAAAAUACCGGGUGAACAUCCUUCGGAAGAGUCUUCAGGCAGAAAGGACCAGACCCACCAAGAACAUGAUUAAUAUCAACCGCCGCCUGCAAGAGAUCUUCGGCUGUGCCAUUAAGUCUGCGUACCCAGAUUUGGAGAAUCCCCCUCUGCUGGUGACGCCCAGUCAGCAGCCCAAGUUUGGGGACUACCAGUGUAACAGUGCUAUGAGUAUUUCUCAGAUGUUCAAAGCCAAGGAACAGAAAGUGAAUCCAAGAGAAAUUGCCGAUAACAUCACCAAACACCUCCCAGACAAUGAAUGUAUUGAAAAGGUUGAAAUUGCUGGUCCUGGUUUUAUUAAUAUUCACUUGAGAAAGAACUUUGUCUCCGAACAGUUGACCAACCUCCUGGUGAAUGGCGUUCACAUCUCUGCUCUUGAAAAAAAUAAAAAGGUCGUCGUCGAUUUUUCUUCUCCCAACAUAGCGAAGGAGAUGCACGUCGGCCAUCUCAGAUCCACCAUCAUCGGGGAGAGCAUGUGCCGCCUCUUUGAGUUCGCAGGCUACGACGUGCUGAGGUUGAACCACGUGGGAGAUUGGGGCACCCAAUUCGGAAUGCUCAUCGCUCACCUCCAAGAUAAAUUUCCCGAUUACCUGACAGUGUCGCCUCCCAUCGGGGAUCUUCAGGCCUUUUAUAAGGAAUCCAAGAAGAGGUUCGAUACGGAAGAGGAGUUUAAGAAGCGAGCGUAUCAGUGUGUGGUCAUGCUCCAGGGCAAAAACCCAGACAUCAUAAAGGCGUGGAAGCUCAUAUGUGACGUCUCUCGCCAAGAAUUUAAUAAAAUCUAUGAAGCUUUGGACAUUUCAUUAAUAGAAAGGGGAGAGUCUUUCUAUCAAGACAGGAUGAAUGACGUGGUAAAGGAAUUUGAAGAUAAAGGAUUUGUGCAAGUGGAUGAGGGCAGAAAGAUUGUGUUUGUCCCAGGGUGUUCUGUACCGUUAACCAUAGUAAAAUCAGAUGGAGGUUAUACGUACGACACAUCUGACCUGGCAGCUAUUAAACAAAGACUGUUCGAGGAAAAAGCAGAUAAGAUUAUCUAUGUGGUGGACAGCGGACAGGCUCUUCACUUCCAGACGAUAUUCAGUGCCGCACAGAUGAUCGGGUGGUACGACCCCAAAGUGACACGGGUGUCGCAUGCCGGGUUUGGCGUGGUGCUGGGAGAGGACAAAAAGAAGUUUAAAACCCGUUCUGGUGAAACAGUGCGCCUCAUAGACCUUCUGGAAGAGGGGCUGAAGCGAUCCAUGGACAAGUUGAAGGAAAAAGAAAGAGACAAGGUCUUAACCGCAGAGGAACUGAGAGCCGCUCAGACGUCAGUUGCUUAUGGCUGUAUUAAAUAUGCUGAUCUUUCCCAUAACCGCUUGAAUGACUACAUCUUCUCUUUUGACAAAAUGCUGGACGACAGAGGGAACACGGCUGCCUACCUGCUGUAUGCCUUCACCAGAAUCAGGUCCAUCGCCCGUCUGGCCAGCAUCGAUGAGGAGAUGCUCCGGAAGGCCGCCCGGGAGACCAGGAUCGUCCUGGACCACGAGAAGGAGUGGAAGCUGGGCCGAUGCAUCCUGCGCUUCCCCGAGAUCCUGCAGAAGAUCCUGGACGACCUGUUCCUGCACACCCUCUGCGACUACGUCUACGAGCUGGCCACGACCUUCACUGAGUUCUACGACAGCUGCUACUGCGUGGAGAAGGACCGCGAGACGGGCAAAGUGCUGAAGGUGAACAUGUGGCGGAUGCUGCUGUGCGAGGCCGUCGCCGCCGUGAUGGCCAAGGCCUUCGACAUCCUGGGGAUCAAGCCGGUCCAGAGAAUGUGAGCCUGCGGGCGGACGCCAUCUUCACCAAAGUGGCCAUUAGCACUGUUCGCUUUUUUUUUUUUAAUUACGGUCGUGUGACUAUGGAAACAAGUAAACGGAGUUUGCCGAC